CUGGACUUUCUGAUCAGCUGAACUCAAAGCCCAACUUUCACCAUGCAGACUCCCGGGAAAUCUCUGAAGGAAGCUCUGCUCUGUGCUCGGAGCGAGGAUCGACUCACUGUUGGAGUGUACGAGAGCGCUAAAAUUAUGACAGACGACCCAGACAGUGUGUCUUUCUGCGUCCUGGCCAUGGACGAGGACUUCCAGUGUGACAUCGCCCUGCAGAUCCACUUCACCCUCAUCCAGUCCUUCUGCUUCGACAACGACAUCAGCAUCGUCAGAGUGAGCGACGUGCAGCGUAUGGCUGAGAUUGUCGGUGACAAGGCGCAGCUGGAAGACGCUCACUGUGUCCUCAUCACGAACCCAGCCGAAGGGUCUUGGGAGGACCCCGCUCUGGAGAAGCUGCACCUGUUCUGCGAGGAGAGCCGCAGUGUGAACGACUGGGUUCCUGAGAUCCUCCUCCCCGAGCGCUGAUCGGGGGCCUCAGGCUCCUCUCUCGCUCAGAGGCUGUGAAGCUUCUUAUCUGGGAAUAUUCAUCCUAAUGAACAGGAUGACCCUGUUUCUGCUCAUCCCUGGAUCCUCCUGAGGAGGGUUUACCGUCCAGGCAGCACGGCGCCGGGCCCGAGGAGGCCCCGCCCCCCGUGACCCGUCGCCUCUUGUCCCGUCCAUGCCAAGAUGGCUCUCAUUCUUUAUGUGAAUGAGGUCAGGUAUGCAGCAAGAGCGACACGUCGACCCUCAUUCUUUGUGCGGAUGAGGUUUGGAGAGGAAGGAGAUGCGAGUUGUGCGUCCUGUGGCCCCACAGAGCGACCGUCGCACGUUGAAGCACGCGCAGCAGGAGAAGAAGCGGUGCUGAGGAAGAGGCCUUCUUAAAAAGAGACUUUUUUAACGAUGUCCUCUUUGCUGAGCAACAUGACAACAGUU